AUGCACUCAGCAGUCGAGCAGCUUGCAAACCCUUAUCUUAUUGCGCCUAUUGCGGGCACUGUAGCUUUGGGUAUUUUAUACUGGUCGAGACAUACUUUUUCACGUCCAAACGAACCCUUGUUGCUCCCUGGAGGCCUCCCACUGAUUGGGCAUGCAUUCGAGUAUGCAAAGAAUUCAAGCGAGCUGUAUUUGCGCAUCAGGGAGUUUGCUCGGGAUCUUCAACCAAUCUCAAUCACGCUAAUGGGACAACGAAUUUAUAUCGUAAUGAAACCACAGGAUAUAUCGUCUGUCUGGAGGACCAAAGCACUCGAUUUCAACCCCGUCGUCGAGUGGGGAUUGACGGCCCUCUUUAACAUGUCCCCAGAGGGUGUCCGGCGACUGCAUUUCGACGCUGAAGAUGGGAUGGGUUCAAUGUAUGUCAAUUCGCAUACAUUUUUCCGAGAUCAUCUUGCGCCUGGGGAGCCUCUCAAUAUUAUCACUCGUAGCUUUGUCGAGUAUAUGAUGAAGGACCUCGAAACUGCUAAACAGGAAAUCUGCCGAGCUCCGGGGGAAACGCUUCAAGUUGAUCUCAUGCGGUGGAUCAGAUAUCGCCUCGGUAUUCCCUCGACCAAUGCCAUGGCUGGAGAAGGAGUGCUUCAAUACGACCCCGGCAUCCUGGACGCGGUAGCCAAGUUCGAUUCGGACAUUGUCCGCCUAUCCAGUGGAUUGCCAAAGUGGAUCAAUAAGGACGCGCACGACAACGUACGGCGCCUUUCAGAUGCGUUUGAGCACGGAAUGGAUGUGGAGAAGACCUUAUAUUGGAUCCAACUACGCAUAAAGAUGAUGGCGGAUCGAGGGGUGCCAUUCCGAGACCAGACCAUAAUAAUACUGAUUUUAUGGCAAGCAUUGCAGGCAAAUGCUAUACCAGUGACAUUCUGGAUGAUCUAUCAGCUACUUCGUGACCCUAAAACUCUCCAAGAGUUAAUGCAGGAGGCCAGACCGUCAUUAGACGAGAACGGCAAUCUGGUGGAUAUUGGAUACCUUUCCACCAAGACACCAAAGCUCAAUGCUUUCUACUGGGAGGCUCUCCGAUACGCUUCAGCAAGUGCCUCGGUUCGAAAAGUGCUUGACACGGUCUCAAUUGGUGGCCGAACGCUCUACAAGGGCGCAAUGGUCAUGCUACCUGCUCGCCCGUAUCAUAUGGAUCCCGAGAUAUUUGGGGAUGACUGCGACAAGUUUGUUGCCGACCGCUUCCUGCGCGACGGUAAGGAACCAGGCAAGCUGAACCCAGGGUUCCGUUCCGUUCGUGCCUUUGGAGGAGGGAUUUCUCUCUGCCCUGGACGUCAUUUCGCCAUUAACGAAAUCUUCUCCGCCAUCGUCACCAUCUUCAAUAACUUUGACAUUUCCCUCGUCGAUCCAUCCCAAACUGUGCAUCCUCGGACGGAAGGAUCUGCCGUGUCCAUCCUGCCUCCGAACGAGAAUGUUCUGGUCAAUAUAAAACUCAAGGGAAAUAAAGAACCGAACGAGGUGGAUGGAUUGUUCUUGGAGCCCAGCAUCUUCAGUGAUUACAAGACCCAAACUAGUGUAUCCGAUUCUUAG